AUACCUACAAUGGCCUUGGGAAAAGGAAAAAAUUACAGAAAUCUGGCAGUGGCCAAUUGUAUUCUGGUUAAAUAUCUUUGGAUGGUGGGCUGAGGAGGCACCAAGUGCUUUCUGGAGGAAGUGGCUAUCAAGGCUUCGUGUAAUAUGUUUUCUCAAUGCUUCGGCCUGCUUUUGGAGUAUGAUUAUUGCUAUCAUUGUCAAGUUUUCUCAAGGAGAUAUAAUGGUAAAUCUAUUCUCAGUCUUUGGAGCUGGUCCGGGAGUAGUUGGCACGUUCAAAAUUGUUCAGUGUAUCCGUUACAGAAAACCAUUAAAGAAAGCCAUGGACCUUCUGGAUGUCAUGAUGAGUGAAGUAGAUGAACUGGUAAUGGAACCAAUCGUUCGCAAAGGGAUGGAAAGGUGUUGGAUAGCUUUUGUUCUCUGCCUCUUUUUUGGUUCUUGCAUCAGCAUACAUUGGCUGAGUCGUCCUUUACUUAUACUAUUGUUCUAUGGAGAAAGAACACGUAUUAUUGACACCUGGCCUGUUUUUAAUGAUAAUUGGUUCCAGUGGUCCUUAACUUUUGUGUUUCAGGCAUCCAAUGUCUGCUUUUGUGGUCACACAUUCUACAUUUUUGAUAAUGUUUAUUUUUGUAUAUCUGAGUCCCUGUUAUGUCAGCUGAAAGUUCUCAAAUACCGUCUCACUCACCUGAAGCUAGACGGUAGUGUUGGCUCAAAUGCAGCAUUAGAGAUAUGUAUCAAACAACACACUCAAGUUCUAAAGGUAUGUGAUUUGCUCAAGUUUUCAUCAGAGGGAGUAAUCAUGUUCCAGUGCAUAAACACUGUCAUUAUGCUAUGCACUGGUAUUUUUAUCUUAACAUUGGUGGAGCACAUUAACUUCAAUGUUUUACUAAAUUUAGGAGAGAUUACUUUAGUUAUUAUUAUAAUUUUAUUUUUCUAUUGUUGGUACAGCAAUGAAAUAGCUUUUCAGUGCUCUGAAUUGGCUACUUAUGCAUACAUGAUGGACUGGACAGAAGGUACAUCAGAUCAAAAGAAGAAGCUCCUCAAUAUGAUGACGAUGCCAAUGCAACCAGUCAUAUUUGGUGGAAUAGUGGAAAUGAAUUUGAACACCUUCAUAAAUGUUUUGAAGACAGCAUUUUCAUACUACAACUUUCUGGUUGCUGCUAAUGCAGGAGGUGAUCAUGGAAAAUAAACACAUUUAUACUAAAUUAUUAGUUCUCGCUUUAGUACAAUCUUUUUGUUGAAUUCUCAUUGUAGCAUUAUAAUAAAUCUAUCAAUUUUAAAUGAU